AUGAGAGCUAUCCUGAUCUCCGAAUUUGGUCCAGUUGAGAACUUGGUCGUUAAAGACGUCCCCAAACCAUCAGCAACAGUCCCCGGUACAGCCCUCAUCCGCAUCAAGGCCUUCGGCAUCAAUCACGCAGAAAUGCACAUGCGUCGCGGCGAAUGGGCUGAAUCAGCUCCAAUCAGCGGUAUUGAAUGCGUUGGGAUAGUUGAGGAAUGCCCAGGUGGAGAAUUUACCCUCGGCACGCCCAUCGCAGCGCUCAUGGGCGGCCUCGGACGGACCAUACCCGGUAGUUACGCAGAGUAUACCGUCCAAAAUACUAGCAACAUUGUCGCUUUAGGAGAAGCUGGAGAAGAACUACCGUUGUCUUGGGCAGUUGUAGCUGCGCUUCCUGAAAGCUACGCUACGGCUUGGACGUGCCUAUUUCGGAAUCUGGAUCUACAACGCGGACAGAGGAUUCUAAUUAGAGGUGCGACUUCUUCUUUUGGGAGAGCGGCUAUCAAUCUCGCUGUUGAUGCAGGGGCCGUUGUUACGGCGACAAGUCGUAGCGAAGCCAAGUUUGCUGCUUUGAGAGACCUUGGAGUCGCCGACACAGUUCUCGAAACGACCGACUUGAGCAAAAGUCUCCAUGCUAGCGAUGAUUUCAAGACUUUCGAUUCAGUACUGGACCUAGUCGGCAACAGUACAGUCGUCGACUCACUACAGCUGGUCCGUCGCGAUGGCCGCGUCUGCUUGGCAGGUUGGCUAGGAGGUUUAGAUCCUAUCAAAGGACCUGCUGGGCCUGAUGAAUCACGGGGAUUCAAUCCGCUGCUACAAAUGGCAAGCGGAGUUCACUUGAGCUUCUUUGGAAGUUUUGUAUUUGGGACGGAAGAGUUCCCAGUGUCGGAUGUCCCGUUAAGGAGUAUUAUGCUCAAGGUGGCGGAGGGCAAGAUUGAUGCAAAGCCGUGGAGGGUUUUUGGGUUUGAAGAUAUACAUGCUGCUCAUCGGGCAAUGGAGAAUGGAGAUGCGAAUGGGAAAAUGGUGGUCACAGUCGAGUAG